AUGCGCAUCAGCACAAAGUUAGUGUCCUCUGAUCGCCUGCAGUAUGUGCAGCUCUCCCUUCAGUUCACCACCACAGCACUCGAUCGCGAAGUGCUGUCCAUUCGCUUGACAGAUCCGGCUGACCCGCUCUUCCUCUACUGCUCCAACAUUGAUCAAAACGACUUUCUCUCGCUGAAACGACACCAGGACAUCAAGGUUGACUUCCGCUCGUUUCCGCUGGAGGUGCAGCAUCUGGUGCAGCUGUGUGUUGCCGAGGCCGACGCGCCCAUGCCAAGAUAUGUGUGUGAGCUGCGGUGUGCAGACGACCACGGCGGUGCUGCUGCUGUGCACCUGAUUGAGACAAACACAUUCAAGAAUCUCAACCACCUCACCCUCAGCGUGGUGCCUGGCGACGACGGCGCGAUCAAGGCGUACCUGGCGGAUUGCCUGAAGCAGCUGCAGGCAGAGAACAGCCAUCUCAGCAGCAACUGCGAGGAUAUGGCCGCCACCAUCGACUCCCUCAGAGAAAGCCUGGCGGUGUCUGAGGAGACGCGUGUGCGUGCGGAGGACGAGCAUGCGCGUGCACUGCAUGACGCAACACAGCGGCUGCAGCGCGAGAAGGAGGAGGCCGUGGCGAGCACGCGCCAGCAGCUGGAGCGCGCGCGACGCGAGACAGAGACGUCCCUGACGCAAGAGCACGAGCGGCGCGUGCAUGCAAGCAGACAGGACGCAGAACGCCUGCAGGCGCGGGUGGAGGAGUUGACGCGCAGCAACGAGGAGAUGGUGAAGCUUCGGUACUCGCUUGAGGCGCGGGUGAACGAGCUGGAAGUGCAGCUGUCGCGAUGUCAGGAACAGCUUGAUGAGCGCACGCAGCGAGCAGAGCAGCACAGGGCCCGGGCAGACGACCUCGCUGCAAACAAGCGGGCCGUGGAGGAGGAGCUCACGCGUGCACAUGCGCGCAUUGACGAGUUGCGACAGCAGUGCGAUGCACACACGCGCGCAGCGGCCGACACAGAGCAGACAGUUGCCGACCUGCAAGCACAGCUCGAGGACAAAUCGAAGGAGUUGGAGGACACCAAGGAGCAUGCAGACACGCUAACACGCACGCUGCAGUCGUGCCACGCCGAGAUCCACCGCGGCAAUGCCAUCAUUACGCAAUACCAGAAGGACUUGGCGGAUGCAACGUCCGGUCUGGACGCGCGCGACCGCGUGACAGUUGAGCAGGAGCGGCGCGUGAAGGAAUUGGAGGCAGAGACGAAACGCCUGCAGGAAGACGUCGCCGGGCUGCAGCGGGAGUAUGAGGCGGCGAUGCAACGCAACAAAGAACAGACGGCGGAACUGCACGCGCUCACGGGCACCGUGGACACCCAGCAGCAGGAACUCAAGGCAAAGGAGAGAAUGAUUGCGUGGCUGUCGAAGCGGCAACAAGAGCUGGAGGAGAAAGAGAGGGAGGUGGCGCUGAAUUCAGUCGCUGCGAAGAAACGCGUUCCUCUCGGUGGCAUUGACGUCAACGGCGCAUUCGUCUUCCAAGCACCCGGCGCAAAGCGGCAGCAGUUUGCCGACAAACCAGCAGAUCCCGCAGCCGCCAAGUCACGUGCCCCUGCACAGUUUCGCCCCACCAACCGCCAAAAGCAACAACAGCAGCAGCAGCAGCGAGGUGUUCCCCAGCCACAUCCGAUGCCAACAAAGCCGACAACAGACUAUUCCCUCCUCCUCUCGGCGCCGUGA